UUCCCACUACAGCUUCAACCAAAGUAAGCUCAAACAAGCGGUUUCCAUUCUUCUCCGCGCUCGUGGAUGACAGGGGGGUAAAAGAAAAAAAAAAAAAGAGAAAGAAGAAGAAGAAAAAGGUGAAAAGAGGGAAGUGCGGAGCCGGUUUACCUCUGAGUGGAUUUCAUCCCUCUCUCUGUUUCUUUCACUCUUAAUCCAUCUCUCCCUCGGAGGUUUAGCUGCGCGCGGGCCAGCCUGAAUGUUUUUCUGUGUUUGACUGGUGUCCUACAAAGACGAGGUGAAUGUACAGCAUCAUGAUGGAAACGGACUUACAUUCCCCCAUGGUGCCUCAGACUAACCCAUCCAACCCGGGGGGACACGCGGGAGGUGGAGGCGGGGGGACCGGAGGCAAAGUCCCCCAGGAGAGGAUCAAGAGACCCAUGAACGCCUUCAUGGUCUGGUCCCGGGGUCAACGGAGGAAAAUGGCACAGGAGAAUCCUAAGAUGCACAACUCGGAGAUCAGCAAGCGGCUAGGCGCAGAGUGGAAAGUGAUGACCGAGGCGGAGAAGAGGCCGUUUAUCGACGAGGCAAAGCGGCUCCGGGCCAUGCACAUGAAGGAACACCCGGACUACAAGUACCGGCCGCGGAGGAAGACCAAGACGCUGCUGAAAAAGGACAAAUACUCACUAGCCGGUGGGCUCCUCGGAUCCUCAGCGGCUGUAGCUAUGGGCGGCGGGCAGCGGCUGGAGAGUCCCGGAGGGGGGCACGCAGGGGCAAAUGCGGGUUACGCCACGCACGUAAACGGCUGGGCAAACGGCACAUACUCGGGCCAGGUGGCGGCUGCAGCAGCGGCGGCUCAUGCAAUGAUGCAGGAGGCACAGCUGGCGUACACGCAACACCCGGGCACCGGGGCUCACCCGCACCACCCCCAUCCGCACCAUCACCCGCAUCACCACCCGCACAACCCGCAGCCCGUGCACAGGUACGACAUGAGCGCCUUAUCCUACAGCCCCAUCUCAAACUCUCAGAGCUACAUGAGCGCUUCUCCGCCGGGCUACGGCGGCAUCACCGGCUACACUCACCAACACCAAAGCUCCGGUGUCUCUCCGGUGUCCGGAGCGAUCGGAGGGACUUUGGGAUCUCUUGUGAAAUCUGAGCCAAGCGUGAGCCCACCGGUGUCCACCGCGCGCGCACCGCCGCCCUGCCCCACGGGAGACCUGCGGGACAUGAUCAGCAUGUAUCUGCCGACCGGCGAGGUGGCGGGGGACGCCUCUGUUCAGAGCAGACUGCACGUGCUCCACCCGCAGCACUACCAGAGCAGCGGCUCCACUCCGUGAUGGAUUCUUCUGUCUGUCCGAGUUAAAGGAAAGCGCACCCGGUUUACUUUCGCUCUCUGGAACAGAGCGUGCCAAGUUUUGACACGAUUUAAAUUAUGAUCCGUGAAGGCUGGUGCAAAUUUGAAGGUUAUUUUUUCCGACUUUUCUGUGGAAUUAAAGGCAUCAGCUGUGUGUUUGAGGGAUCCAUAAAAGCUGUCCGUGAAAUGAACGGAGAGCGGAGUGGAAGAUGUGUUGGGGGGAAAAAAGUUUCUAGGCUGCAGUUUAAAUUGAUUUCCAAUUUUCAUGCUUGUAAACAUGUGAGUCAGUCGGUGUAAUUUGAAUUUGUUUUUGUUGUUGUAAAAUCUUGUAAAUUGUGAAU